CUUUUAAAAACUCCUUCCUUUCCGAUUGAACCAGCAACAGCGCCGCCGAUCGACAGGUCCGCCCGGUGCGGGUGCUCGCCAUGUCUGUCACCAUCCACCUGGAUCGGCCUCACGCCCACUUCACCAAUCUCGACUUCCUUUCCGGCAAGGUUGUCCUGAAUUUGCCGUCGGAGACUCCUAUCGAGGGCAUUCAGGUGAAGCUCGAGGGCGAGAGUCGCACGCGCCUGUCGGGGCCGCGACAUCCCCACCAUGAACAAUCCGAUAAGAAACGGACGGAAUUGGAGGUCCACAAGCUGUUGUACAAAGUAGAAAGCGUCUUCCCUACGCCCGGUGUUUUCAAUCAGAAGUCUCCGGGGACGACGUACACCUUUGCCGCGGGGACGUACGAGUAUCCCUUCCACUUCAAGUUCCCGUUCAACAAUGCCUGUAGCAUGCACAAUAGCAUGCUCACGAACUUGAAUAUCACGGGUCUCAAGGUCGAGGUGGCGCGGGAUACGAAUCGGCACGUCAAGAAGACCCUGCCUCCUUCUUUGAGUGGAUUCCCCGGGGAAGCCGACAUCAAAUACUAUGUCAAAGUGACGGUCAUUCGACCCGAGUUCUAUCGCGAAAAUAUCCGCGAGAUCACGAAUUUCAAUUUCCUACCGAUUGAACCACCGAGGAUAGGCGAUGCGAAUGAGGAGACGUACGCGCGGCGUCAGAGCCAGUUCGCCAAACCACCGACCACGUCCAAGGCGAAAGUAUUGUUUCAAAAAAUCUCUAGCUCGUCCCUCCGGGACUCUGAGGCACAGCUGCCACGCGUGUCUGUGGACUUAAGACUGCCGAAUCCGCCAAUCUUGACAUGUAACGAGCCCAUUCCGCUACGGAUUUUGGUUUCCAAAGCCUCCGAGACCUACGAGACGAUAUUCUUGCAGAUGCUGCAAAUUGACUUGAUUUCGUAUACUCACAUUCUCGCGCACGACUUACGGCGAACAGAGCCCGGGAGCUGGGUCAUCUUUAGUCGCAGUAAUAUGGCCGUCCCUCUGGGGAGAGGGGGUGACCCGGUCGGCACUGAAUGGGCCCUAGACGCUAGCCUGUGGAACCGUAUUCCUUUACCAGACUCAGUGGCUCCCACAUUCGAGACAUGCAACGUCUCGCGGAGCUACGAGCUUGAGGUGCGAGUGGGGUUGACUUAUGGCAGUAUUGGUAGCAUGAGGCCGCAACUUAUCGUACUACCACUGCGAAUGCCGGUCAAGGUGUAUUCUGGAAUUGCCCCUCCUAAAGCCCUCCUGGAUUCCAUGACCGCAACUGGACGUGUGAAACCGACGGUGCCACCUCCGACACCUGUUCGGCGAGAUCAUGACGGCCCCAGCGGACGCCCCCCUAUGCCACCCCGGCCGCCCAGCGCACAACCGGUUCCCGUCAAUUCGGAAGAUGCCAACGAUGAAGCACCCCCAAGCUACGAGGACGCGAUGGCUGAAACUCUGAGCCCUGUGGAUGGCCCACGUCGCGAGUAUAACCCACCAGACACUUCCAGCAGACCCGUUGAACCUGGAGCUGAUCGAAGACCGUCAGGUCACGCGGGAAAGGAACCUGAGGCCCGGUCGCCCUACGGCAACCCUGGAGCGAAUUCAUCCACGGAGAGCUUUGACAUGCUUCCGUCGACACCACCAGAGUCCCAGUCCAACUCGCCCCCGACGUCUCCGGUCGCGCGCCAGCAGAGUAUUCUCAAGAUCCACAAGGUCGCCCCACCAGAGGAGAGUCCCCCGCAGUAUCAGACCAUCGCGGAGGAUGGCACCCAGCGGCCUCCGUCUUCGGGGCAAAGACCAUCUAGAGGGGAUAUUCGGGCCAUGAACUUGGGAGUUCCCAGUCGGAAACCCGUUCCCCGGAGUCCCAGCGGACGACAAGCUUCCUAAGUCCUAACUAGACCUAGACCUCUAUAAAUCCGAGCAGCUACUCCAGCUCGAGCUGCCUUCUGAAGGAUCACAUACGAUGUUCUGUCCUCACGAGUCUUGUCUCAUGCGAGGACGGUACUACUGCGU